AUGUUUGCAAGCGAUUUCUCGCCAUUGACUUGAUUCACAUCAAACCGUCGGUCAAUGAUCGAGUCAGUCGACACAGACACGAACUCGUACAAGCACAGACAAAAAGGGCACACACACACUCAUUCACAUGCAGCCUUCCUGUCAGCCACUCAGUCAGUCCUCAUCUGGGCCCCACAGCCUGUCCACCUGAGCAUCCAUCCAUCCAUCCAAAGCAGUCCUGCCUACACAUCCGUGUGUGUGUCCAUGUGUGGCUUGUGUGCCUUGCUAGCUGGCUGACCAGGUAAUCUGCCACUUGGUCGAUGUUCCUUGCGAUGGCUGACAUCUGGUCGCCGUCAUAGCCCAUCCCCGUGUAGAAGUCCAUCCAGUAACCCUGGAUGCGCCUGCACACCCCCAGCACACACGCACCACACAACGAGAGAAGAAGAAGCAGAUGGAUGCAUGGAUGCAUCGUCCAUGGUUAUGCCAUCGCCUCACCGACCUGUCGCCAAUGGCUGCGCGUGCUGACUGCAUUUUCCCCCUCAGAUUAGACCCAUACAGCCCCAUCAGUCCCAAUGUCUUGAGAAUCUUGGCCGUCCGCCUCGCCACCAUCAAAGCGCUCGCACCCUCACCCGGGCCAGACCUCUCACGCGCCACCGCACUCGCAGACGACAUAAUCAAAUCUGACGACAUACAAUCACAAACACAUCAGGGAAGCAUGUCGGCCUGGGUUCACUCACUUUUGAUGAGUAUCUCUGAUGUGUGUGGGUCGCCCUCGACGAGUGCACGCGCCAGUGGCUGCGGCACGUCGUCCCAGUCGGGUGUCCUCAGGUUGGCGUCGGAGAGGUACGACGCCAGGAAGCCGCGCGUGCCGCCGUGUGUUGAGAGGCAUUCCACAAGGGCUUCCUCGAUAGAGGGGUCGGAGGGGUUGGCCUCGAGCCUCGCACACAGAGCUGGAGCUGACGAAAGAGCCGCCUGCAGCCAUAGCAUGGCAAGCACCCAUCCAUCCAUCCAUCCAUCCAUCCAUCACACGAACACACACAAAUGGAUGCAACGCACUUACACAAACAGCCAUUCAUAUUUUGGCUUGCUGACCUUAAAGUCGUCUUCUCGCGUUGAUCUCUGCGUGCCGUCGUUCUCGGCAAGCGACAGCUGGGUGUAGGACAGCGGCCUCCUGGAAGCAGGAGCAUUGUGCGGCGCAAGAGAUGGCGUUGAGGGGAUGAAUGAGAGGGUCAGCAGAGGGGAGGAGGAGAGGCACAGGAGAGCAGCGAGCGUCCAGCUGCAGGGGAGAGCUGAUGGCAUGGUUGACAGUGCUGUUGAAAAGAGAGUAAUGGAUCUGGGGAAGAUGCGGCAAUUCCAG